UAUGGUCUAUGCUGUCUGUCCGGUGCUGCCCGUUCUCGGUUUCCGCCAUGCCGCCCUCCGCGCUCCUCUCCCGGUUUCUUGUGCUCGUCGCCGCGGCUCUCCUCGGGCUGGUGGGCGCCAUGCUGGAGCCCUAUGAUUCCCUGUAUGACAGCGGGGUCGAGGCGUAUCACCGCGGGGACUGGAACUCCGUUAUCCUAAACAUGGAGAAGGCGCUGCGGAACCGGGAGACCCUCAGGCGCCACCGCAUCUCCUGCCGCCAGCACUGCGCCAACCAGACCGGCUUCACUGAGCCCACCCCCGCCGGCUGGGGGCCCCUGCAGGACCUGGCCUUCUUCCAGAAGGUGCUGGCCCGGACCGAGUGUCUGAAGAGUUGCGAGCAGGAGAGGAUCGGGGCCCCCGCCAUCCAGUAUGUGACCGCCGAGGAAAUGGAGCUGGAGUUCAAGAGGAGGACCCCCUACAACUACCUGCAAGUGGCCUACUUCAAGAUCCACAAGAUUCAGAAAGCCGUAGCCGCCGCUUACACUUUUUUUGUGGGAAAUCCGGAUCACAUGGAAAUGAGGCAGAACUUGGAGUAUUAUCGCAUGAUGGCCGGCGUCCAGGAGUCCGACUUCAAGGACCUGGAAGCCAAGCCGCACCUGGAGGAGUUCCUCCAGGGGGUGAGUUUCUACACCGACGAAGAGUUUGCUCCGUCAGUGACGCACUUUGAGAAGUCUCUGGAGGGGUAUCUGGUGGCCGACCUCGAGUGCCGGAGUCUGUGUGAAAGCCCCUACGACUACGACGGCUACAACUACAUGGAUUAUAACGCCGACCUGUUCCAGAGCAUCACAGAUCACUACGUGCAGGUGAUGAGCUGCAGGCAGAGCUGCGUUUCUGAACUGGCUAAAAAACCAGCGGUUGACAAACCCAUCGAGGAUUUCCUCCCCUCGCACUUUAACUACCUGCAGUUCGCGUAUUACAGCACUGAAAACUACACGCAAGCCAUUGAGUGCACGAAGACGUACCUUCUAUUCUACCCCGAAGACGAGGUCAUGAACCAGAAUCUGGCUUUUUAUAAUGCGGUUCUUGGAGAGGAUAAAGCGAGUUUAAUCCACGCGAGGGAGGACGUGAAGAAGUACAUAAAGCGCAGUCUGCUGGAGAAAGAAUUGCUCUUCUUCGCCUACGACAGCUUCGGAAUCCCGUUUGUCGACCCGGACUCGUGGACUCCUGAAGGUGUCAUACCAAAGAGGCUCCGAGAAAAACAAAAGGCCGAGCGCGAGACGGCAGCCAGAAUUUCAGAAGAAAUCGGGAACUUGAUGAAAGAGAUCGAGAACCUCGUGGAGGAGAAAACUAAAGACACCUUUGAUUUGUCCAAAUCGCUCGUACAAGAAGGGGGGCCGGUUUUGUUUGAUGAAAUCAGCGUGGUUAUGAACUCAAACACUCUCAAUGGGUCUCGGCGAGUUGUGGCCGAUGGGGUCAUCUCAGAAGAGGAGUGCCGAGACCUUUUAAGGCUGACCAAUGCAGCUGCCUCGGCCGGUGACGGCUAUCGGGGUACGACUUCCCCGCACACUCCUAAUGAGAAGUUUUACGGGGUAACCGUGUACAAGGCGCUUAAGAUGGGGCAAGAAGGGAAAGUCCCCUUAAAGAGUGCGUACCGCUACUAUAAUGUCACGGAUAAAGUGAGGCGGGUGGUGGAGUCGUACUUUCGCCUGGACACCCCCCUCUACUUCUCGUAUUCCCACCUGGUCUGCCGAACCGCCAUCGAAGACAAACAAAAAGAGCGAGAUGACCUCAGCCAUCCGGUGCAUGUUGAUAACUGCAUUUUGAACGCAGAGGCGAUGGUCUGUAAGAAGGAGCACCCCGCUUAUACGUUCCGGGACUACAGUGCUAUAUUGUAUUUAAACGGAGAUUUUGAAGGCGGAAGUUUCUAUUUCACAGAACUUGAUGCAAAAACUGUGACUGCUGAAGUGAAGCCGCAGUGCGGGCGGAUGGUCGGGUUCUCGUCCGGAGAGGAGAAUCCCCACGGUGUGAAAGCGGUGACCAAGGGCCAGCGGUGCGCCGUCGCGUUGUGGUUCACGCUCGAUCCCGUACACAACGAGAGAGAACGAGUCCAAGCUGAUGAUUUGAUUAAAAUGCUCUUUAAUACGGAAGACGUGAAUUUGUUUCCGGAGAACGGGAAGGAAAAAGCCCUGGCAGACGUUUCUCCCCCUGAAGACGGCGCAAGACAGCAACAGCCAACAUCAGAAUCGUCUGACAUCGACCGGAGUCCAGAUCCUAUAGAUUCCGCUGCGAUCCAGAACCAAGAAGGUCCAAAAGAACCCGUGUUGAGCCGUCCCUUGGACUCUGUAAAAACAGAAUUAUAACAUUGACAUGGACCUGCGCGUUCCGUGCGUGACCCGCCGAUUGGUGCUUUAUGGAAAUCUGUGGAUCAGGGACAUAACGUUUCCAUGGAAACUAGAAAGGAAGAAAAGGUUUUUUGGAGAUUUGUUUUUGGGGUGUAUGUUUUUUGUGUAUUUUUUUAUUUUUGUAUUUUUUUUUUUCCCCCAUUUAAGAAACUCAAAAAGCAUUUUUUCCAACCGUUAUACGAUGGCUGCUCACAAAGCAUUGUCCAAGCGGCUCGAACCAGCGUCUGGCACAACAUGGGUGCUGCAGGCUGUAGAUGCGUCCCUUUAUUAUUUGGACAGCGAUGAAAGUGUCACGCCGUGACAGAAUGCGACGUUUCUGUCGUCUAUCCCAAGAUGCCGCGAUCUGGCAAAAAAACCUAUUCGAGAUUUUAAAUACAAAGUGUGUUUUUGUUGUAUUUUUUCUUGCAACAAUAUGAAAAUUACAGUAUUAGACUCGACCAAAUGAACUUUUUUUUGCUGUUUUUUAAGGGUUGAAAAAGAAAAUAAAACUUUUUAAAACUUUUUUUUGAGAUCA